CAAGGUCCGAUGGUUUAGAGCUUGCACGACCAACUAUCGCCUCGACUCCCUAGCCAAGGUACAACCAAGCAACACCUCACACAUAUCUCAUACGACAACAUCACGGGGGGAAUUGAGAAAUGGAGAGCCCUCAUGAGCACCAGCAGAACCUCCUGCUUUCGAGGAUCAUCACCAACGUUGAGAAACUGAAUGAAUCUAUCUUGGUCAUGAACAAGCAGCUGCAGGACAUUAACAUUCAGAACAUGAACAUCGAGCUUGUAGCCCAGAUGUUUAAGAACUACCAGUCAAAUGUCCUUUUCCACCUGGAAGCUACCGAUGGGCUUAAGGAGCCUUCGUGAGAUUCAGGCUGGGGAUAGCAUGAGACCUGAAAGACAGGCGCAUCGGGCAGCAGGAUUGUCAAUUGCCAACAUACAUGCGACAUGGAGUCUGAUAAUAUUAAAAAAAAAUUAGAAGCAAAGGAAAAAAGAUUUCUCUUGAGAAAGCCACCACUUCGCUCUAAGAAUUUGCUGACAGACGGGCAACUAACGUCAUUGAGCCGAUACCAUUAUAUCAUUCGAAACUGAUUCCACAUAGUCUCCAAUAUGUCCUUCCUACAUGGGCGUGAUUAUGUAUGUACGGAUUAUAGGCUGGCCAUUUGCACUUGCCCCACUCGUGGCGCGUCUACGCGAUCUGGUUAUUUAAUUAACCUAGAGAUCUUAAAAGUCAGAGGCAUACAAGUUCCUGUGU